CCCGGCCCGGCCCGCGGGAGCCGAGAGAUCAGGAUUACUGUUUGUCUUUGUAAUCUACGAAGGCUUUGCCCUCUCCUCACUGGGGGGCGGGUGUGUGUGUGUGAGUGAGUGAGUGAGUGUGAGAGGAUCAACAACGCCGCGGCCCCGCGACAGCAGUUUCGCGACAGCCGUAAAGUAGGCGGUGAAGAUGUCGGGGGCGGAGGGAGGAGCGCGGCGCAGGUUCGCUAAGGGCCUCCUGGUGACCGGGGGCGCGGGCUUCGUUGCCUCUCAUGUGAUCAUUUGCCUUCUGGAAAGAUAUCCAGACUAUUUAAUCAUAAAUGUGGACAAGCUUGAUUAUUGUUCAAGUUUAAAGAACUUGCAGUCAGUUUCUGGAAGAAGCAACUACAAAUUUAUACAGGGUGAUAUUUGUGAUAAAUAUUUUGUGAAGCUGUUAUUUGGAACUGAAAAAAUUGACGUAGUUUUGCAUUUUGCAGCUCAGACCCAUGUAGAUCAGUCCUUUUGGCGUUCUGAAGAAUUUACAAAUGUGAAUGUGGGUGGUACGCAUAUCCUGGUGAACACUGCUUAUGAAGUUAAUGUUGAGAAAUUCAUUCAUGUUAGCACUGAUGAAGUCUAUGGAGGAAGUAUUAAUGAAGAAUUUAAUGAAGCAUCACCAAAACGACCCACCAACCCAUAUGCAGUAUCGAAAGCUGCAUCUGAAUGUAUAGUUAUGUCCUACUGGGAAAGCUACAGGUUCCCUGUUGUUAUUGCAAGAAGUAGCAAUGUUUAUGGACCUCACCAAUAUCCAGAAAAAGUCAUUCCAAAAUUCAUCGCUUUGUUGCAGCAUAACCGGAAAUGUUGCAUUCAUGGAACUGGAGUUCAGGCACGACAUUUUCUUUACGCUACUGAUGUAGCACAAGCCUUCCUGACUCUUUUAGAGAAGGGUGAACCUGGUGAAAUCUACAACAUUGGCACAAAUUUUGAGAUGUCUAUCAUUCAGCUUGCCAAGGAGUUAGUUCAUUUGAUCAAAGACACUGUGUCAGAGUCUGAGAUGGAACUAUGGAUCGAACAUGUCCAAGACAGACCUUCCAAUGACCUGAGGUACCCAAUGAAUUCCAAAAAGUUGCAUAAACUUGGAUGGAGGCCAAAAGUAGUGUGGGAAGAUGGAAUUCGAAAAACAAUUGAAUGGUAUCAAGCAAAUUUUCACAACUGGACAGAUGCAGAAAAGGCAUUAGAUCCAUUUCCAUCAGCAGCACUUUAUAAAAUACGCCAGCGACUGUAACACUUUUCAAACAUCACAGUACUUCUUCAUUAAAAGCUUUCAAAUGGAGCUUUUGUUUUUUUUCUAUUUCAAGAAAAUGAGCAACAUUCUUUAUAUUUUAUAAGUAGUAAUUCUUUAUGGAAAGAAAAUAAUUAUUGCUUGUCACAUGUACCGAUAAACCUUGCUAAAUUGUCUAUUUGAAAUCAUGUUUAAAGUGAACAAUGUUUGUACUUUCAAUAGUUUUCACCCUCAUCCCUGCCAAAAGGCUCACUGAUGAGAUUCAAAUAUAAACUGAUGCAGAUGUAAUUUGUGAGCUUUGCAGUAUUACAAGAAUUUACUUCAGAAAGAUUCAGUGUUAAAAACAUCAUUGUAAAAAUCAUUUAUAUACUUGUUUCAGUACUUUAAUAUAAGAAUUACGAAUUUAUAUUUGAUAAUGCAACUAUGUAACAUGUCUAGUUUUCCCUUUUUUAGAUUUUUUUUGAAAAGCUUUUUAGAUGUGUUGGAACAAGCCACAUUAUCAGCAGUAUUUUUCAGGUAUUUAAUUACCAUUUUUUAAAAAAACUAUUGAUCAAAGAAUAACUUAGGUUUAUUUGUGAAUAUUCUAGUGGUGCUGUGCAUCUUUGGCCACGUGGGUAUUAUAGCAAGACCAAACUUUGUUUUAUUUACUCUUGCGAAAUAAAAAGUGUUGGAACUGUG